GUCAACACGAUCGGAGUGCAUGGGACUUCUGGCGUGGGGAAGACGAUGCUUGUAAAAAUGGUUAGAGUAAAAGCCAAGCAAGACAGCUUGUUUACUGCGGUAGUUAUGACUGAAGUGACAAAGAACCCGGACUUGAAAAGUAUUCAACGUGACAUUGCACUUGACUUGGGUAUGGAUCUGCUUCCUACCGAACUUCCACCAGAACAAGUUGCAGAUCGAAUAAGGGCAAAGCUCAUAGAAAUGAAGAAAUUUCUUGUAAUUUUGGAUGAUGUUUGGGAGGCUGGAAUAGAUCUGGAGAAAGUUGGAAUACCUUCUGCUAGUGAGCUGAAGCAGGCUAUGGAGAAAAGGAAUGAAGAACACUCAUCUGGACAAGAAGAUAUGCUCCGCAAGAUUCUACUAACCUCAAGAGACCCGAAUGUUCUCUCUGGUAUGAUGGAUGAGAAAGAUCAGGUCUUUAAGGUACUUGAAUUAGAAGAUGAUGAAGCAUGGGAUCUAUUCAAGAAGAUUGCUGGCAGCAAAGUUGAAAGCUCUGAUUUUCAACCCAUAGCUAAAGAGAUCGUUAAGAAAUGUCUCGGGUUGCCCGUUGCCAUCGUAACUGUUGGAAAGGCCAUGAGAGGGAAGACUCAACAAUUUGAGUGGGAAGAUGCUCUUAUGGAAUUGAAAAGGCCUACUCCAGAAGGGAUAUCUGCAGCUGUUUAUAAGCCUAUAGAGUUGUCCUACAAGUACUUACAAGGAGAUGAACUCAAGCAAACGUUCAUGCUUUGUAGCUUGCUGGGCCAUGACUCUUCCAUCAAUGACUUGUUAAAAUAUGGUAUGGGCUUGACUUUAUUUCCAAAGGCGAAAACAGUGGAGGAGACACGAACCAAAGUACUGACAUUGGUUCACCGUCUCAAACUCUCUUCUUUGUUGGUUGAUGGUCACAGUAAUAUGCAUUUUGGUAUGCACGAUCAGAUUCGGGAGGUUGCCCUGUCAAUUGCUUCUAGGGACCACAAUGUAUUGGCUUUAGUAGGUGAAGAUGGAGGAAAAGACUGGCCAGAAAAGGAGACAAUGGAAAAUUUGAAGUGGAUUUAUUUGUCAAAUGGCUAUCCUGAGCUCACGAGCAAUGGGUUGAACUGUCCGCAGCUCACUUUCUUUCAUUUGUCUAACAAGGGUUGUUCUCUGGCUGUUCCAACUGAUUUGUUCACUGGAACAGAUGUGCUCAAAGUCUUAUGUUUGACUAGAAUUGAUUUUCAGUCAAUGCCCUCAGAAAUUCCCCUGAUCCCAACAAUGCUUCGAACAUUGCUUUUGGAUCAAUGUGUGUUUAGAGUCGAAGCCCUAGGCACCAGUGUGGGAAAUCUGGAGAACUUAGAAGUCCUUAGCCUUGCAGGUUGUGAUAUUGAAGAGUUGCCAAGAGAAAUGGAGAAGCUAACCAAGCUGAAGUUGUUAGAUUUGAGUGACUGCACCAAACUGAAAGUAAUUCCACGACAAGUCCUAGCAAGAUUGUCUAAAUUGGAAGAGCUACAAAUGGGAAACAGCUUUGACCAAUGGGAUGAUGUGGAGGGAAGAAAUGCUGGGCUUGCUGAGUUAACAGAGUUGCAUAUGCUCACUGCUUUAGAGGUACGUAUUCCCAAUUUCCGAGAAAUUUUGUUUCCUGAAAAUUUGGAAAGGUUCAAGAUUUUCAUAGGAAUAGCGAGCAGGGAGUCUUGGGAGUAUUACUAUUGGGACAGUUACUCCUGGAACAGCUCUUUUGAAAGCUCAAAAAUAAUGAAGCUAAAGCUGCAGGGUGCAAGCAUUGAAUCUAAUGACUCUGUUAAAAAGUUGCUGAAGAAAACAGAAGAACUGUAUCUAGAGGGUGUCCAGCGUUUAGUUGAUGAGUUAGAUGAUGAAGGUUUUCAACAUCUGAAGUGUCUCCAUGUCCAAAACGCUCCAGACAUUCGAGGCAUCUUUAACCCGGCAAGGAGGUUGCUUCAUUCCCAGGUAUUUCCCAUGUUGGAGGUAUUGACCCUUUCCAAUUUGCAAAAAAUGGAGAAGAUAUGUCAUGGUCUGACUGGAGCAGCACCUUUUAAAGUAUUAAGCAAGAUAACUGUUGUUCGUUGUCAUCAAUUGAAGAAUCUGUUCUCCUUCUCCAUGGCCAGACAGCUUCAACUUCAAGAAAUAACAGUAGAAAAUUGCGACAACAUUGCAGAGAUUAUUGAUGACGUGGACGAGCAAGGCAACGGAAACGAUAUCGUUGAAGAAAGUGAAGGAUGUAAGCUUGGCAACAAUCUGCGGUCCUUAACAUUAAAAGAUCUGCCAAAACUGAGUAGCUUCACCAGUAGCAGUUGCAGCAACAUGUCACUUUUCAAUGACAAGGUUGACUAUUCCAAGCUUGGAAAGCAUGACUUAUUAAGUGUUCUUGGAAAUCUUGAAGCUCUUACAGUGCAUUUCUGUGAAACCUUGAUUAUCUUAUCAACAUCAACGGUAUCUUUCCGGACUCUCACCACUUUGGAGGUAUCACAUUGCAAAUGGAUGAUAACCUUGGUUUCAACCUCGACUGCUCAAAGUCUAGUGAAUCUAAAAGGUAUGAUUGUAAGUUACUGUCACAAGCUGACUGAAAUAGUUGGAAACGAAGGAGAUGGAAAACAAGAUUCGAUCAAUUUCCCCAAAUUAACAUAUUUGAAACUUGAAGGUUUGACAAAGCUAGCGAGCUUCUGUUCAGGGAAUUCCAACUUCGAAUUCCCAUCUUUGGAACAAGUAAUAGUGAAUCAGUGUCCACAAUUGAUGAAAUUUUGCCAGGGAGAUAAACUGGACACGCCAGCGCUGAAGAGGGUACAAUUAAUAGCAGGAGAGGAUAAGUGGCGCUGGGCAGAUAACCUAAAUACAACCAUAGAACAAAUGUACAUAGAAAAGGAUGGAUAUGCUGGGCUACAGAAUUUACUACUGUCUGACUUUCCAGAAGUGAUGAAAUCAUGGCAUGAAAAGAGUCAAGAAAUGUUGCAUUUUGGACUAAUUCAAGAUCUGAAAAUUUGUGACUGUAGUAACUUCGAAUACCUGUUAACGCCUUCCUUGGCCUUGGCUUUCGUACAACUCAAGAAAUUAGAGGUUAUAAACUGUGGAACAAUGAAACAAGUGAUACUGGGAGAAGAGCCGGAAAAUCAAAUCAUCUUCCCACACCUAUGGUUAAUUAUUCUGGAGUCUUGUUCGGACAUGACAAGUUUCUAUAUGGGAAGCCAAAAUCUGAGGAUUCCUGAAUUACACCAUAUUUACUUAAAAGACUGCCCAAAAAUACUUACAUUUGCUGCAUCUACAUUCUUGGGAGAGCAUGAGGAAGAGGCAUUCCAGUACUUCUUUAGCAGCAAGGUUGAGAUUCCUCACUUGGAUACCUUGGAUCUGUGCUCCAUUAAUGUAAAGAAAAUAUGGCCCGAUGAACUUUCUUCAAUGUCUUCAUCAGUUCAAAAUUUAAGAAAGUUGACUGUGCGAGACUCUGGCAAUUUGAAAUAUCUCUUAACAUCCUCAGUGGUUAAAAGUUUUGUGCAACUUGAAGUACUUGAGAUUUUUGAAUGUCAGCUGAUGGAAGUGGUAAUACUGAUUAAAGACAGGGAAGACGAAAAAAGGGUGCGCCAGAUGGCAUUCCCCAAACUAAACGUCUUAGAACUUAUGGUCCUUCCCCAAUUCAAAAAAUUUUGUGGAAAAUGUAAUUCACUUGUAGAAAUAUCUGAACCACAAGGGCUCUUGAAUGGUAGUGGAUCGCAAGUACUAUCACCCACAAGUUAAGAAGGCAGUCCCAUUGGUUCUGAAGAAUCCGGUAUCGAUGAUUACGAAGAAGAUGAUGACUAUUCUGAAGAAUACAGUGAUGACUGAUGAUGGUUCUAAAGAAGGCAGUGAUAAUGGUUUUGGAGAAUGAAUUGGUGAUGGUUCUGAAGAAGGAGAUGAUAAUGGUUAUGAGGAAGGCAGUGAUGAUUGUUCUCAGGAAGAUUGAGGUUCUAAGGUGACUGCAAUUUAUUUCCUUUGUGAAUUCAGAUGUUGAGUGCGUUUUCUGCUUCCAUCAGCUGCAUGUCUCAUGUAGGUUUCUUAUUAUAUGAAGCGAUAUUGAGAAGGCUUUCUUAAUUCCCUGUAUGUUUAAGACUUUGACGGCUGGACUCAUAAGCUGGAUUUUAAUGUUGCCAAGUUGUCACAUCGCUUGUCGCCCAAAAUAAGCCGGAGUAUUUCAC